CCAAUUCAGAUGACAGCUUUUUAUGAUGCAACGCGGAAGUUGCCAAGAAGUUCCUCCUCAUGCAACGAGACUUAUAUAAGGAGCUCCAUCGUCUUCCUCGAUCCAUCCAUCUCCAAUUAAUUAUACUUUACAUUCAUAAUGACUUCUCCCAACGCAUUCCAAGGAGUCCUUUCCUCUCCCUCCUCCUCCAAUUCUCCUGUUUUAACCUCGCAAUCAACUCACGAUGUAUUCUUAAGCUUUCGAGGUAAAGAUACACGCAAUAAUUUUGCUGGUCAUCUUUACCAAGCUUUGGUUCAAAAUGGAAUCAACACUUAUAGGGAUGAUAAGGAGCUGGGAAAAGGGGAAGAGAUUUCACCUGCGCUUUUAAAGGCCAUUGAAGAGUCAAAGGUUUCGAUCAUUAUAUUUUCUGAAAACUAUGCGUCAUCUACGUGGUGUUUGGAUGAACUGUUGCAAAUCCUAAGAUGUAAAGAAUCAAAGCAACAAAAAGUUGUAGCAGUCUAUUACAAAGUCGAGCCAUCGACAGUACGACACCAAAAUGAAAGUUUUAAAGAAGCGUUCGCUAAACAUGAAGAAAAGUUCGAUGAUGCUAAAGUUCAGAAGUGGAAGACUGCCUUAAAUCAAACUGCCAAGCUAUGCGGUUUUCAUUUGAAGAUCGACGAGGACGAAUCUAAGUUUAUCCAGGAGAUUGUUCAAAACGUCUCAACAAGCUUACCAAAUCGUUUUGACUUGCAUGUGGCCGAGUAUCCAGUGGGAAUACAAUCUCGUGUAGAAGAUAUUAAUAACCUAUUAUGUAUGGAGGAGAAUGACGUACACAUGAUAGGGAUUUACGGUAUUGGUGGAAUUGGUAAAACAACUAUUGCAAAACAGAUGUAUAACCUCAUUGCUAAGAAGUUUGAAGGCCGUUGUUUUCUUGCUGAUGUUAGAGAAUCUUCAAAACAAAAUCAAGGCCGUCUCAGACAAUUACAAGAGAAAAUUCUAUCUAACAUUCUAGUAAAGUCACCAAGGGUUGAUGAUGAUGAUCAAGGAAUGGAAUUGAUAAGGAAUACACUUUGCCGGAAAAAAAUUCUUUUGGUUCUUGAUGAUGUUGAUUGUAUGGACCAAUUAAAAAGAUUAUGUGGAAAAUGCGAUUGGUUUGGUUCUGGGAGUCUAAUCAUCAUAACAACAAGGGAUAUAAGUUUGCUAACUAACCAUAAGGUGAGUGUGAAAUACCUUAUGGAGGAGAUGAAAGGUGAUGAAGCCCGUCAGCUCUUUACCCAGCAUGCCUUCAGUAGUAGUACUGACAACCCGAUUGAUGGUUUUGCGGAUCUCAUAGAUGAAGCACUACAAUAUGCUGGUGGCCUUCCACUUGCCUUAAAGGUGGUAGGCUCAAAUCUAUAUGGACAUGAUAGAAAAUAUUGGGAAAGCCUAUUGGAAAAGUACAAAAGAAUUCCAGCAGAAGAUAUCCAGGAAAAGCUCAAAAUAAGUUAUGAUGGAUUAGAUGAGCCUACAAAAAGUAUUUUCCUUGACAUUGCAUGUUUCUUCAAAAGAAACAAGAAAAAAGAUGUCACUAAAAUACUAGAUGAUUGUGAUGUCUUUCCCAAGUGCGGUAUCGAAAAGCUCAAUGAUAAAUGUCUCAUAACGAUUGAAGAUGACCGACUGAUGAUGCAUGACUUACUAGCAGAUAUGGGUAGAGAAAUUAUCCGACAAGAAUCACCCAAAAAACCUGGCAAGCGCAGUAGAUUAUACUUUCACAAAGAUGUCCGUCAUAUACUUGAAGAAAAUAAGGGAACAGGGGAAAUUGAAGGCAUAUUGAUAGAUCUGCCUCAGGAGGACUGCUUGAUACGUUUGGGUCCUAAGGUGUUUGCAAAAAUGAAAGGCCUCAGAAUAUUAAAAAUUACAUGCUGCAGGGGGAUUUUUCGUGACGGAUUGAACUAUCUCUCUAAAGAGUUAAGAGUUCUUGAUUGGCUUGGUUGCCGUUUGGAUCGUUUGCCAUCUUCUUUUCAUGGAAAUAAACUCAUUGUUUUAAAUAUAAGAGGAAGCAAUAUUAGUAGUUUGGGAACGGGAUUGCAAUCUAGGAAAUUGACACGUAUAGAUCUCAGUUACUGUCGAUACUUGGAAUAUAUACCGGAUCUUUCAAGUUGCCCAAAUCUAGAGGAGUUGGUUUUUGAUGGAUGUAUAAGUUUAGCUGAGGUUGAUGAUUCUGUUGGAGUUUUGGAGAAGCUUGUUGAAUUGAGAUUGAAAGGAUGUUCCAAUUUCAAGAUGUUGCCAAGAAGCUUCGAGUUGGGAUCUCUAGAAUUACUUGAACUUGAAGGUUGUACAAGUCUUGAAAACUUUCCUGAAAUUCUGUGUGAAAUGAAACAUUUGAAGCGUGUCAAGAUAGAAAGCACUGUAAUACAGGAGCUACCUUCAUCCAUUACAUCCCUCACUGGGCUCAAACAAUUGUAUAUGUAUGGGUGCAAAAGGCUUGUGCAUCUUCCAAUUAACAUUUUUAAGGUGGAAUGUCUAGAGGAUGUUACAGUCAUUGAAUGUCCAAAUUUUGUAUAUUUUGGACAGGAGGUGGGGCAUAAUGGACAAUCCAUGCCACAGGAAAAUGAAAUUUCAUUAAGUAAAGAAUUUCUCCCAUUGACGCCUCGAGAAUCAAAUAAUUUAUCUUGGACAUUUAAUUUCUCGUCCAGUUUGAGGUAUUUAAACCUAGAUAGUAUUGGUAUUAUUAGCCUUCCUCCAUUCAUAGAAGGAUUUGUUGAAUUUUCUCACCUCAGUUUGAAGGAUUGUAAGCAACUUAAAGAAAUUCGAUACCUUCCACCAAAUAUAAAAUAUGUAGAAGCUCGAGGAUGCGGGUUAUUGGAAUGCUUUCCUCAUGUAUCAAAAGAAGUUUCAUUCGGUACAACCGAAUUAAAACGGCUAAGCUGGAUUGACUUAUCAGAGUGCGCUAAAGUGCAUGUGAAUGUAGGGGGGAAUCUUGCGCCAAAUCCAUUAUUGGUUCAGGAACGCUUUCGUGAGAAAUAUUCAACUAUGAUUAUAUAUCCAGGAAGUAGGAUUCCAAUGUGGUUUGACUAUCGCAAGGAGAAUAUUUCAUAUACUAAUUUUAUUGAAAUAGAAAUUGAUCGUAAUGCGUCCAUGUGUUUUGGGCAUCAGAUCGUGGCAUUAGUUUUGUGUUUUGUUGUGGGACCUCUUCCAGCAUGGACUUUGUAUGGUUUUACUAUCUCAAUAAACGGCCAGCGGAUUGGAAACGAUGAUAUGCGGUUAUGGGAUUCAAUGGACCCACAUCGUGUAUGUCUAAAAUACAUAACUGGAAAUUCUAUUGAUGCGAAUCUGUCAAGAAGUUACAGGGAGGGGAACAAUAAUAUGAGGUUUACAUUUGAAAGUGAUUCAGAGAGAGCAAUCUUAAAAAGUGUCGGAGUCCAUCUAAUAGACGGGAAUGACAAUCCUAUUCAACUUUCAAAGAGACACCACCCGCGAGAUGAUGGUGAGCAUGACUUGGAACCCGAUUGGAACCCACAACAGAAGAGGCGGGGAUCUUCAACCAGCUCUAGCAUUAUGGAAAUUCAAAGAGGCUAUGGAUGAUUUAAUUAAUGAAGAAUUUUAGACUUGGUUAUUCAUUCACAGGCUGUCUUAGUGCUUGAUUUGGGCAACUUUGACCUUCCCUUUUUAGCCCCCCAAAGCUCAAAUAUUUCAAGAAAUCACUGUUGUUCUCCCUCCUAUACAUAAACCCUAGCUGCAGGCCUCUCUUCAGUGAUCUUGGUGAGUUUUCUUCAAGUUAGCUCUUUCCUUUUGGACUCAAUUGUAUCUCUCAAAGAACUCUUCUAAUGAAUUCUCUUGUCUUUCUUGAACAGUUUUAUCAUCAACUUCAAUUGCAUUAUCUCAUGGUGACUCGUGAAUAAACAUCCAUUGAUAUUCCAUGUAUCUUAGAAACAUUUUCACGGAAAAUUAGUACACUUUUAAAGGUAUUUUUUAGUUUAAGUGACAUAGAAUGAACAUUUCUCGAAUUGUUUUGCAAUGGCUCAAACCUUUCAUUCAUAGGAUGCUUGUGGAAUUUGCAGCAAAGUAAUCUCCUCGACCACUCUACUGGUAUUUCAGUACAUAUAUAAAUAACAUUACCAGGGAUAUUGAAACAGGUUCAAGGCCUCAAAGUCUAUGUUUUUAGAUCAAGACUAGAUCUGUAAAGGGAGAUUUAAGUGCCUUGAAAACUAUUUUUUAUAGACCUGAUGACCAUAAGAAGGGUAAGGAUAAUAAGGUUAGAAUUGUACAGCAUAACAUAAAAGAAAUUAUAAUUUUCUUGGAUUCUUUUCGGGUUAACCAAAUAGAAUAUGUAUUGGACCUGAUUUCUUAUCCCUUUUUCACCUUUACAGCUUUCUAUGAAACUGUGAUGACCUCUUCCCAUAUUGGAAAGGAUGUUGGAUGAAUUGUUAUACUAGGCAUUAGAAGGUCACCAUUAAAAGGCUGAAACUAAUGACCAAAUUUAUGUGUGGAGCGAAGAAAGGUAAAAUGUGCAUGGAGCUGGUUUUCUAAACAUGUGUGGCAAAUGCAUGAAUUUAGAUUAACUUAAUUUCUUUGAGAAUCUAAAAUGUUGUUGAUUUCCUUUUUUGUCAUACUGUACUUGUAGAUCUUAGUGGGCUGGAUUUAUCAAAAUACAGGGUGAUUGGCCUGCCAUUUUGUGGUUAUGGUUUUGUGAAGGUUUUUCAUUUUCCUGUUUGAUUUGGUACGAGCAUUCUUUGCUGGGACUUUGUUUUCAGUAUUUCAAGGAUGGUAUCGUUUGUGAAUUAGUAUUGCAUUAAGCUUUGAAGAAACAACAAAAACAGAGGAAAUAAAGAGAGUGCGCUCUAGAUGCUCGACACAAUGUCUCAAAGGAAGUCAGAUUCUCAUUUCUAUUCUGUGUAUUUCAUUUUCAUGCCUAAUACAUCAGCUUUACAGCACAUAUAUAUAGGGUAAUUGCUGAAAGUUUCUGGUUUCGGAAAUUACACAAAUCAUAAAUCCUAAAGCUCAAAUAAAGAGUGCACUCUAGGUCCUUGACACAAUGUCUCAAAGGAAGUCAGAUACUCAUUUCUAUUCUGUGUAUUUCAUUUUCAUGCUUAAUACAUAUGCUUUACAGCACAUAUAUACAUAUUCGAGUAAGAGCAAAUCAGAUUAUAAUCAUUGAUCACACGGUUCACAUUUAUUCAGUUAGUUAUAGAGGAAUAUUCUGGAGACUUUACUGGGGUCAUGCUUAAGUCGUGCUUGUAGGAUUUUCUUCUAGAAGCUUUAAUGCUGGUAGUGCCUCUUGUUGCAGCAUCUUCUCUUAUGAGGAUUCUGUUCCCUCAAUAAGAUUGGAUUUUGAGUUUUGUUUCUGUUUGGAUAUAGGAAGCAUGCAUGUUGUUAGGUUGUGAAAUUGUUUCUAUUCUCUGCUUUAUGAUCAUUGCUUUGCAUUACUAUUCUGUUUUUUCUCAUGAAAAGUUCAUCUUUCUAGUGAGUGUAUAUAUAUAUCUAUAUAUAUAAUGUAUCAUGUGCAUGUACAUGUAUAUGUACUUAUACAAACGUGUUUCUUCAGUUGUAUUUAUUCUUCACUGAGUUAUCAGAAAAUGGCUGCUUCUAACAAACUCUUAAGGUACAAAGUAAUAGUUACAAAUUUGCAGUCUUAUGUUUUGAACUAAAAUAUUGAUUAAGCCUAUAAGUGAUCUAUUGGAUUUUAUAUUGUUCUGGUAAUUAAAAUAGAGAGUAUUUCCUGUAAGAUUAAUUGUUAAAUCUAUAUCUAUAUAUAUACUCAAAACUUUUUAGUUGAAUAUAAUGUUUGAACAUACAUGAUCAUCUCAAGGCUUCAUUUGCAUCUAGCACUUUCCACGCUAAUAUUGGACAUUGAUUAGCCAACUUAAACCUCCAAAGAACUGAAAACCCACAUGAAACAAUGCCUAAAGCCCACAUGUGCAUAUAUACAAAGAUAAAUAUGUGUGAAAACAUUCAGGCAGUGAUGGUUUGUCCUAUCAAUGGUAGGAAAUUUAGAGCUAUGUGGAAAGCCUAUGGGUAAAUUGUGACGAAGGCUCAAUUCCAAGUAUCCUAGUGAUUGUUAUACUUGCAACAAUGGCAACAAUCGGCAUAGGUAUAGUGGUCUUCAUCAACCACAACAGGCAACCAUCUUUAUUGACAAAGGCUCCAGUACAGCCAUCAAACUUGCAAAAGAAAUCAGGCAUAAAGGAAUCGAACAAAUCAAGGCAAGACUCACCAAACUGCAGUGGAAAUAUCCAGAUGGUUGAGAAUGUGAAGCUGAACUUUGUCAGGGAAGAUAGGGAGAGGUUUGAUACGCAGGAAUUGCUUAAAGCCUCAGCGGAGAUAUUGGGCAGUGGAUCCUUUGGGUCUUCUUACAAGGCUGCCUUGCACAAUGGACAGAUGAUGGUUGUGAAGCGGUUCAAACAAAUGAAUAAUUUGGGGAAAGAGGAGUUUCAAGAGCAUAUGAGCAAGUUAGGGAGGUUGAGACACCUGAAUCUGCUUCCUCUGGUGGCUUACUACUAUAGGAAGGAAGAGAAGCUCUUAGCAUUUGACUGUGCAGAAGGCCAGCUUGGCCGUUCAUCUGCAUGAGACACGGCAUGCAUGCAAUCUUGGAGAGUCGGAUGGGCAUAGUUCACAAAAGGAUACCAAUAAGCAUUCAGUCUUCAAGUGGUGCUGCUCAUCACUUCCACCACUCACUAAGUUUUUCCUUGGCUCCUUCAUUCUUGGUGGCUCAAAAUCAGUCGGCAGUUCCUCCUCUGUCUGCAAAUGGCAAAAUCAUUCUAGACCACCUCAAGAGGUAGCACAACCACCAUACAAGCCACCAAAGCAGCUGGAAUUGAAGUUUGGAAAUGAAUCAAAGUUGCGGAAGGAAUCAAAGAAGGGAAAGAAUUGUAACCAUAACAAACUUCAACGAUUUAUCGUGGCUUUCAGGUGAAGAGAUUGAAGGACAUGAUUGCAUCUGCUAGUCGUUUAUGGGCUAUUUCUUUCAGUUCACUUCUCUGAGAUCUAGUGGGGUAUGGAAUUUCCUUAAUGACAAGCAUUUCUUUUAAUUUUUGCUUUGGAUUGCUGGGGAAAAGUAAAGUUGUUGCUUUUAAUAACUAUAAUGUAGCUUUUUUGUUUGCUACUUUACUUGUUUUUGGUGUUGUAGGGGUAGCAGUUUUUCAGGAUCAAGAUUGGUUUUCUUCAAGUUUUGUGAUCGUAAAGUUUGGAUCAAUGGUUUGUGUGUCUUUCCAAACGAUGGUAAUUUCUGAGGUUAAGAUCAUUAAGUACUAUCGAUUCAUACUUUCAUGAACUAUAAAGACUGUUUUUUGGCAGACAAUUGUGGUGACGGAAAGAGAAAAUUUUGCUUUUGAGUUGCUGGUUUUUCACUGUUUGAAUUGUAUAGCAAGUUGUGGCUUGAUUUCUUAGGAUUGGGAACAUUCAUGGUGGACAAGACAAUUGGUGAAUUGUAACAAUCUAUUGCUCAUUAUGACGUAACCAGGAUGUUGUUCUUUUUGGUAUAACCAGGAAGUUGCCUUUGGUUGGAUUGUUCUUUUUGAUGUAACCCAGUUGUUAAUUGCAAAGCAGUGUCAAAUGCAAUGGUCUUUGUUUUUA